AUGCAGGGGGUUCUUGGGAUUACAAAUUUGGGGGGUAUGGGAUCGUAUCUAGGGAUUCCUGAGAGUUUGGGAGGGUCCAAAACGAAGGUUUUUUCAUAUGUUAGAGAUCGGCUCCAAAGUCGAACAACGGGUUGGUCGGCUAAAUUGUUGUCUAAAGGGGGAAAGGAGGUGAUGAUCAAGUCUGUUGCAACGGCUGUUCCAACAUUUGUGAUGUCUUGUUAUCGUUUGCCAAAAACGAUCACAUCCAAGCUUACUAGUGCAGUGGCGAAUUUUUGGUGGAGCUCUAAUGGUCAUUUCGGGGGUAUGCAUUGGAUCGCUUGGGAGAAGCUUUGCUGUAGCAAGCAGAUGGGAGGUUUGGGUUUAAGGAAUGUAGAUGAUUUUAACACGGCCCUAUUGGCUAAACAAUUAUGGCGACUGAUUGAGGCACCUGACUCACUAUUUGCCAGGGUUUUCAAAAGUAGCUACUACCGGAAUUCCAAUCAUUUGGAACCGAUACGGUCUUACUCUUCUUCCUAUGGAUGGAGAAGUAUCAUUUCAGCUAGAUCUUUGGUAAACAAAGGGCUCAUUAAACGGGUUGGCUCAGGUGACACCAUUUCUAUAUGGACUGAUCCAUGGGUUUUCCAGCUCAAUUCCCAAGACCAGCUUUAA